AUGGCAGCCAAGACCAUAAUUGUCACAGGCGCUUCUCGGGGCCUCGGUCUCGCCAUGGCGAAAUAUCUGCUCUCAGCUCCCCAGGCCCACAAUGUUGUGGUGGUGGCCCGCACCCUCGAGCCUCUGCAGAAGCUGAAGGAGCAGUAUAGCAGUCAGGUUGAGGUGGUUAAUGGCGACCUGGCAGAUUUUUCUAUGGCUCAGAAGGCAGUGGACGCCGCAAUUAAGUCAUUUGGCCAGCUGGAUGGCAUGAUCCUCAACCACGGCAUUCUCGGUCAGGUUGGCAAGAUCGCUGAUGCUGACAUUGAUGAAUGGAAGAAGUGCUUCGAUGUCAACUUUUUCAGCUUGGUUGCUUUUACCAAGGCAGCGUUGCCCGCUCUGCGUGAGUCCAAGGGAAAAAUCAUCUUCACCUCGUCCGGUGCUGCCGUGACCGGCUAUCCUGGCUGGGGCCUUUACGGAGGUACCAAGGCCACUAUGAACCACUUGGCUUUGACUCUGGGCAGCGAGGAGCCCGAAGUUACCUCAGUCUCCAUUCAACCUGGCAUGGUGGACACCGAAAUGCAGCGGGAGCUUCGCGAGGACCAUGCCACCAAUCUGAACGCCCAGAUGCACGCCAAAUUUGUAGGCGCCCACAAGGACGGGAAACUCGUCAAGCCGGAAGAGUCGGGCCAUGUCAUUGCUAAGCUGGCGCUUGAUGCUCCCAAGGACCUCAGUGGUCGUUCCCUACGAUGGAACAGUGAGGAGCUGGGGGCUUUCCAGGCUUAA